AUGCUGAGAUUUCAGGGAGCUGAGCACUUUCGUCAGAGACUGGUAUUCUCCACUCUCUCUGGUCGUCCCAUCCGCAUCGACGGCAUCCGUCCCCAUGCCGAGUCCCCAGGACUGCAGGAACACGAGGCCUCCCUGCUCCGCCUGAUAGAGAAGGUCACCAACGGGUGCAUCAUAGAGAUCAAUGAGACAGGUACGAGCCUGCGAUACAAGCCCGGCUUCAUUCACGGCGGCCCCGGCAUCGAGCACGACUGCGGCACCAGCCGUGGUGUGGGGUACUACCUGGAGCCCCUGGCCCUGCUGGCCCUGUUUGGCCGCAGCCCCCUCUCCGCCAGCCUGCGGGGGGUGACCAACGGCGGGCCGGACCCCGGGGUCGACGUCUUCCGCGCCGUCACGCUGCCCCUGCUGCGCCAGCUGGCAGGGCUGGAGGAUGGGCUGGAGCUCAGGAUCGAGGCGCGGGGCGCGCCGCCACUGGGCGGCGGCGAGGUCAGGCUGCGCCUGCCCUGCGUCAAGGCCCUGCCCCCCGUCGCGCUCACGGACGAGGGCAUGGUGCGUCGGGUGCGAGGCGUGGCCCACUCCAUGCGCGUCUCACCCCAAGCGGCCAACCGGCUCGUGGACGGCGCCAGGGGCGUGAUGAACAAGCUGCUGGCCGAUGUGUUCAUCUUCACCGACCACAUGAGCGGGCGGGCAUCGGGCCUGUCCCCCGGCUACGGCGUGGCGCUGGUGGCGGAGACCACCUCCGGCCGCAUGCUGUGCGCCGAGGCGUGCGCCGAGCUUGGAAAAGCGAGCCAGAGCACGGCAGAGGACGUGGGCAGGGCGGCGGCCGCGGCGCUGCUGGAAGAGGUGUCGCGUGGCGGCGUGGCCGACUCUAUGCACCAAGCCCUGGUGCUCACGCUGUGCGCGCUGGGGCCGGAGGAGAUCAACGAGGUCCGGCUGGGCCCGCUCACGCCCUAUGCAGUGGGGACGCUGAGGCACCUGCGCGACUUCUUCAACGUCCAGUUCAGUAUCCGGCCCGAGGAGGAGACCCGGACCAUCUUCCUCUCGUGCGUGGGCGCGGGCGUUAAGAACCUGAGCAAGAAGAUUGCGUGA